CGAUCUUGGAGGUAUUGAUUUCGGUGGUUGGAUUUUUCCCGUGGAUUUAUCAAUUCACAAUUCGAAUUUGGAAGAAAGAAGGAAAACAUGACGUCUCCAGCCAAAUUCAAAAAGGAUAAGGAGAUUAUAGCAGAGUACGAUACUCAGGUCAAAGAGAUCCGUGCUCAGCUCACAGAGCAGAUGAAAUGCCUGGACCAGCAGUGUGAGCUCCGGGUGCAGCUGUUGCAGGACCUCCAGGACUUCUUCCGGAAGAAGGCUGAGAUCGAGAUGGACUACUCCCGCAACCUGGAGAAGCUGGCAGAGCGCUUCCUGGCCAAGACGCGAAGCACCAAGGACCAGCAGUUCAAGAAGGAUCAAAAUGUUCUCUCUCCAGUCAACUGCUGGAAUCUCCUCUUAAACCAGGUGAAGCGGGAGAGCAGGGACCACACCACCCUGAGUGACAUCUACCUGAAUAAUAUCAUUCCUCGAUUUGUCCAAGUCAGCGAGGACUCAGGAAGACUCUUUAAAAAGAGUAAAGAAGUCGGCCAGCAGCUCCAAGAUGAUUUGAUGAAGGUCCUGAAUGAGCUCUACUCGGUCAUGAAGACAUAUCACAUGUACAAUGCCGACAGCAUCAGUGCUCAGAGCAAGCUAAAGGAGGCGGAGAAGCAGGAGGAGAAGCAAAUUGGAAAAUCCGUAAAGCAGGAGGACCGGCAGACCCCACGCUCCCCUGACUCCACAUCCAACGUCCGCAUUGAGGAGAAGCAUGUCCGGAGGAGCUCAGUGAAGAAGAUCGAGAAGAUGAAGGAGAAGCGCCAAGCCAAGUAUACAGAGAAUAAGCUGAAGGCCAUUAAAGCCCGGAAUGAGUACUUACUGGCUUUGGAAGCAACCAAUGCAUCUGUCUUCAAGUACUACAUCCACGACCUGUCUGACCUUAUUGAUCAGUGCUGUGACUUAGGCUACCACGCCAGCCUGAACCGCGCGCUACGCACCUUCCUUUCCGCUGAGUUGAAUCUGGAACAGUCAAAGCACGAGGGUCUGGACGCCAUCGAGAAUGCUGUAGAAAACCUCGAUGCUACCAGUGACAAGCAGCGCCUCAUGGAGAUGUACAACAAUGUCUUCUGUCCACCUAUGAAGUUUGAGUUCCAGCCACACAUGGGGGACAUGGCUUCCCAGCUCUGUGCCCAGCAGCCCGUCCAGAGUGAGCUGGUACAGAGAUGCCAACAACUGCAAUCUCGCUUAUCCACCCUGAAGAUUGAGAACGAAGAGGUAAAGAAGACAAUGGAGGCCACUCUGCAGACCAUCCAGGACAUUGUGACCGUUGAGGAUUUUGAUGUGUCCGAUUGCUUCCAGUACAGCAACUCUAUGGAAUCCGUCAAGUCCACGGUCUCAGAAACCUUCAUGAGCAAACCCAGCAUUGCCAAGAGGAGAGCCAACCAGCAAGAGACAGAGCAGUUCUAUUUCACGAAAAUGAAGGAGUACCUGGAGGGCAGGAACCUCAUCACCAAGCUACAAGCCAAGCAUGACCUUCUCCAGAAAACCCUGGGAGAGAGUCAGCGGACAGACUGCAGUCUGGCCAGGCGUAGCUCAACUGUGAGGAAACAGGAUUCCAGCCAGGCAAUUCCUUUGGUGGUAGAAAGCUGUAUCCGGUUUAUCAGCAGACACGGACUACAGCAUGAGGGAAUCUUCCGAGUGUCAGGAUCGCAGGUGGAAGUGAAUGACAUCAAAAACGCCUUUGAGAGAGGAGAGGACCCCCUGGCUGGAGACCAGAAUGACCAUGACAUGGACUCCAUAGCUGGCGUCCUGAAGCUUUACUUCCGGGGGCUGGAACACCCUCUCUUCCCCAAGGACAUCUUCCAUGACCUAAUGGCCUGCGUCACAAUGGACAACCUGCAGGAGAGAGCUCUGCACAUCCGGAAGGUCCUCCUGGUCCUGCCCAAAACCACUCUGAUUAUCAUGAGAUACCUCUUUGCCUUCCUCAACCAUUUAUCACAGUUCAGUGAAGAGAACAUGAUGGACCCCUACAACCUCGCCAUCUGCUUCGGGCCCUCGCUGAUGUCAGUGCCUGAGGGCCAUGACCAGGUGUCCUGCCAAGCCCACGUGAAUGAGCUGAUCAAAACCAUCAUCAUCCAGCACGAGAACAUCUUCCCAAACCCUAGGGAGCUGGAGGGCCCCAUCUACAGCAGAGGAGGGAGCACGGAGGAUUACUGUGACAGCCCUCACGGAGAGACUACCUCGGCUGAAGACUCAACCCAGGAUGUGGCCACAGAGCACCACACAAGUGAUGAUGAGUGUGAGCCCAUCGAGGCCAUUGCCAAGUUUGACUACGUGGGCCGGACAGCCCGAGAGCUGUCCUUCAAGAAGGGGGCAUCCCUGCUGCUCUACCAGCGGGCUUCCGACGACUGGUGGGAAGGCCGGCACAAUGGCAUCGACGGACUCAUCCCCCAUCAGUACAUCGUGGUCCAAGACACCGAGGACGGUGUCGUGGAGAGGUCCAGCCCCAAGUCUGAGAUUGAGGUCAUUUCUGAGCCACCUGAAGAAAAGGUGACAGCCAGAGCGGGGGCCAGCUGUCCCAGUGGGGGUCAUGUAGCCGAUAUUUAUCUUGCAAACAUCAACAAGCAAAGGAAGCGGCCAGAAUCUGGGAGCAUCCGGAAAACAUUUCGGAGCGACGGCCAUGGGCUGAGCAGUUCCCUGACUGAUUCCGCCUCCCCGGGGGUGGGGGCAAGCUGCCGCCCAUCUUCCCAGCCCAUCCUGAGCCAGAGUCUCCCCAAGGAAGGGCCAGAUAAGUGUUCCAUCAGUGGGCAUGGGAGUCUCAACUCCAUCAGCCGUCACUCAUCCCUGAAGAAUCGGCUGGACAGUCCACAGAUCCGGAAGACGGUGACAGCAGGCAGGUCAAAAAGCUUCAAUAACCACCGGCCCAUGGACCCUGAGGUCAUUGCACAGGAUAUUGAGGCGACCAUGAACUCUGCCCUGAACGAGCUGCGGGAGCUAGAACGGCAGAGCAGCGUCAAGCACACCCCGGACGUGGUUCUGGACACCUUGGAGCCCCUCAAGACCUCCCCUGUGGUGGCCCCCACAUCGGAGCCCUCCAGCCCCCUGCACACUCAGCUCCUCAAGGACCCUGAGCCCACCUUCCAGCGUAGCGCCAGCACUGCUGGGGACAUCGCCUGCGCCUUCCGGCCUGUCAAGUCUGUCAAGAUGGCGGCCCCAGUCAAGCCGCCAGCCACACGGCCCAAGCCCACUGUCUUCCCCAAAACAAAUGCCACUAGCCCCGGUGUCAACUCCUCUGCCUCCCCACAGUCCACUGACAAGUCUUGUACUGUCUGAGGGAUGUAAUUUAAUUGUUCUAGACAAGGGGACUGGAGGGACUGACUGUUAUUAAAAUCUUCCUAUUUAACUAGCUUGGGGACUUCAGUUGAAAAUUAGGUUCUAAGUUGUUCUUGCAGGAAUUAGCCUCCCCAUCACAGAAAACCUUGAGAAUGAAGCCCUCGUUAUCGCCCAGCCCUCCCCCACCCUUCCCGCUACCUUCUGCUUCCCCCAGUUGUCGUAAUCCAGCCAGCUACAGUACAUACUGUUCUUAGGUUAGCCAGAGAUAGGUUUUUCCAUUAUCAGGUCACUGUGAAAUCUGGCAAGGCA